AUGUUAUCGUCUAAUCGUGCCGUGCAAAGAUGCCUCAAACGUCACAACGCUUCCAAAACCCUAUCAUGGUUCUCCCGCGUCGCGUUCCCCGUCAACUUCGUCCCCCAGCAAGAGAUCUACGUCAUCGAGCGCUUCGGCAAGUUCGCUCGAUCGAGUCCUGGAGGACCUAUGUUUAAAAAAGCAAUUACAAAGGAUAAUGUUACAAUUGAUAUCGACGGAGUUUUGUACAUUAAAAUUAAAGACGCUGAAAAAGCGUCCUAUGGAGUGGACGACUCUGAAUUCGCAAUUAAACAAUUAGCCCAGACAACGAUGAGAUCGGAGAUUGGAAAGCUUACUCUUGAUGGUCUGUUUUCCGAAAGGGAAGAAUUGAAUAGUAGAAUUUGCUCGUCCAUAAAUGAAGCGUCACUUGAUUGGGGAAUGUCUGCCCUCCGAUACGAAAUUAAAGAUAUUGAGAUCCCUAGUGAAAUCCGUCAAGCAAUGCAGCGCCAAGUAGAAGCAGAGCGAACAAAAAGAGCUGAAAUCUUGCGAUCUGAGGGUGUCCGCGAAUCUGCAAUCAACGAGGCAGAAGGUCAGCGACAGGCGCGAAUCCUCCAGUCUGAAGCGCAGCGCAUGGAAUUGAUAAACGAAGCUGAGGGUGAAAGACAGGCGGCGAUCUUGAGGGCUGAAGCAAAGGCGAAGGCGAUUGAAGUGGUGGCGGAAAGACUCGCUGCGGAGAAUGGAAGACAAGCGGCUGAUUAUGACUUGGCUGCCCAGUAUAUUGAUGCUUUUAGUGAAUUGGCCCAGGAAGGAAACACAUUGAUUCUUCCUGCUGAUGUCGGAAACAUUCCCAGCACGGUAGCAACUGCGAUGACGACGCUGGAGAAGAUUCAAUCAGCGAAGGCGGAUAAAUAA